AUGGACGCAACCUUGUAUCUAGCAGAAAAUGUGCUUAAUGAGCGGAAUCCGGUCACGUAUCGUUCGUUAAGUCGCGCGCUCAAGGUCAACGCAAAUCGCGCCAAACAAGUUUUAUACGAAUUUCAUCGCAAUGAAAACGCAAAGGAGCCUCAAAGUGUUCGCGCUACCUACGUCAUUUCUGGCAUUCAGAAACCUCGGGGAGCUGCGCCGGGCACAGACGAAGUAAUGCAAAAACACCCUCGCAUACGAAAAUCGACGCCAAACCAGACUUCGACCACUUUGAUUCCAUAUACCACAUCCAUUUUACUUGCUCGAGAGGAGGAAUUGAAUGAUGCGAAAGCAACAUUCCUAUCGAUAUCUACGAUUCAUGUCUAUAGUCUUCAAUCGGCAAUACUCCAGGAUCUGGACGUGCUAGUAGAUGUCACAAAGGAAGCUCUGGCCGCUCAUUCGCAGGAUGACCCUUUGGAGUGCGGGAAACAGUGGGGCAUGAUCCAAAAUAAGCAUGUAAUGCGAAGGACUGGAGCGGGUCCACCACCUCCAGCAGCGUCAGCACCGAAGACUGAGACAAAGUUCGUACCAAAGGUUAAGCCCGAGCCAACGGUGCCUGCCAAGCGACUUUUCCAGAAAGAGAAUCCUGCCAAAGAAGAGUCUGGAGCAUCAGACUCUAAGCCCGCGCCUUCUUCGGCCAAUGAUUCCGAUGCACCUUCUAAAUCAGCGAAGCCAGCUCCCAAGCAUGCGAAGGGUAGUCUUUUUAGUUCCUUUGCCAAAGCUAAGCCGAAGACGAAAGCCACCCCAGCCCCCGACACAGCGACAUCCACUCCGGGUGAAGAUAUUGUACUUAAUGAUGCCUCCGAUGGGGAAGAACAAGCAGAGCUAUUCCCCGAGAGUAGCGAGAAACCAGCUAGUGCAAUUCGCGAGACUAAAAAAGCACGCGAAGAGAAACUUAAACAAAUGAUGGAAGAUGAUGCCGAUGAUGAAGAAAUGCCCGAUGCAGACGACGAGGAGCCAGAAGAACCAGAGCGAGAACCAACUCCUGUGGAGCAACCACCGGUGGCCAAACCUGUGGAAUUGAAAGAGGAGGUUACUGUUCAAGGUGGCCGCCGGCGGGGCAAGCGUCAAAUCAUGAAAAAGCGCACGGUCAAGGAUGAUGAGGGCUAUCUAGUGACUCGGGAAGAGCCGACAUGGGAAUCAUUCUCCGAGGAUGAGCCGGCACCACCGAAGAAGAAGCCGACAGUCAAUGUGCCUAUACGCAAGGGUGCUAAGCCAGGACAAGGAAACAUCAUGUCGUUUUUUGGAAAACAAUGA